UGAUAAAUGGAAUACUUGUUUUAAACUUUACAGCCCUGUGUUUGAGUGAAAUCGCCGAUUUCAAAGUCCAACUACAACCAAGCCGUUUAAAGUACGGAUUUAAAAAUUCCAUCCAUGUUCAGCCUAUAGAGCUUGUGAAUUGAGUUUCACCCGUAAUUUUGGGAAUGCAUACGGAUAAAGGAAUUUUUGCUCACCCCCGAGUCCCGGACUCACAGCUGUAAGAUAACUUGAAGUUGAAACAAAGCCCAAAUGAGAUUGCGGUGCGGCCGAAACUAUAUAGUAAAACUCACUCUAUAGUGAGUAAAGAAUACUCAUUCCUCUAUCUCGAGUUCGAGAAUUCAUUGAUUUCAAGUGACAAUCCAAGGAGUCGCUUCGUUUAUCUUUUAAAACAGGAUCAAGGCACAGAAGUGCAUCGUGGAAAAUGGUUCAUUACUCAAGAAAGUGCAGAUUCUGAAUGUAUUGCCUACUGAAGAAGGAAAGUUUGCUGGAAGAAAACAAGCAUAUGGAAUACAGGGAACGAGUAUGAUUAGGGUUUGUUAAACUAAACAUACAUACAAUGGUUUUCAGGAAACUUCCAAAACCUAUCACAAAAACUUUACAAUCUUCAUCUACACUUCUCCCACCUAUACCAAAUUCUAACCUCAUUAAUAAACCUGAACCCUUAAAUAUUCCUCUUCCUACAGUUUCCCUGUCUCAAACAUCUCAACAAGAACUGCUUGAAUUUCUUAAAUCUCAUCUUAAACCCUCUUUUACCCCUCAUGAUCUCUUCAAUUUCCUCCAUAAAAAGUUACAUUAUCACCCCAGAUUCACCCAAUUCGAUGUUCACAUCUUUCGUUGGGCUUCAGAAAUUGAUGCAUUUCGUCAUGAUCACUUCACUUAUGAAUGGAUGGUUAGGACUCUAGCAAUUACUGACCGUUUUGAUGAUCUUAAUUCAAUUCUUGAAGGUAUGGUCUCAAACCCCUGUCCUUGUUCGGAUGGGAUAUUCUCAUGCGAUAGAACAGAAGUUAUUUUUAGGUUUGCUAUCAAUGCGUAUUGUAAAGUUGGGAGAUUAGAUGAUGCUUUGAUUGCAUUUGGAAACAUGCGGAAACUAAUUGAUGGAAAACCUAGUGUAAUUCUGUAUAAUAUAAUGAUUAAUGGCUUUGUUAGGUAUAGAGAACAUGACAAAGCUUUACAAUUUUAUGAUAAGAUGGUUAAGGAUAGAGUUAAACCUGAUGUUUAUACUUUUAAUACUUUGAUAAGUAGUUAUUGUCGGAAUUCACAGUUCUGUUCUGCACUUGAAUUGUUCAAAGAGAUGAAGGUUAAAGGUUGUAACCCAAAUGUUGUUAGUUUCAACACUUUGAUUAAAGGGUUCUUUAGAAGCAAAAAGUUUAAGGAGGGUAUUGAGAUGGCAUAUGAGAUGCUUGAUUUGGGAUUUGAGUUUUCAGAUGUAACAUGCGACAUUUUGUUUGUUGGGCUGUGUAGAGAGAAUAGGACGUCAGAGGCUAGCAAGCUAUUUAUUGAUAUCUUUAGGAAAAAUGCGAUUCCUGAUAGAUAUGAUUGUUUAGAUAUUGUUCAAGGGCUUUGCUUGGAAAGGAAGAUGAGUGAGGCGUUAGAACUUGUGGGAGAGUUACUAGAGAAAGGAAAGAUUCUGAGUCCAGUUAUCUGUACUACUUUAAUAGAUAGCUUACUGAGUUCAGGAAUGGUGGAAGAUGCAUUUGUUUUGAUGGAAAAAAUGUUAAAGCUAGGAAUUGUUCCGGACAGUGUGACUUAUAAUUGUGUAUUGCGAGAGAUGUGUGGUUUGGGGAGAACGAUGGAUGCUAAUAGAUUGAGAUUGUUAGCUUCUACUAACUGUUUGGAUCCUGAUGGCAUGACAUAUAAUAUAUUGGUGUCUGGGUUUUCUAGAGAAGGUAGAAAGGAGGAGGGGGAAGCCUUGGUGGAAAUGAUGUUGGAUGAAGGAUUUAUACCUGAUCUUGCUACUUAUAACAGGUUGCUGAGUGGUCUUUCGGCUCAAAACAAGUAUGUCUCUUCAGUGAGGAAAUGCUAAAAUUUGGGUUUAUACAUGUGUUUAGUAAUUUUCUGGUCUAUGUUAUGGUGGUUGCAACCGGUUUAAGAGAUUUUGAAGAAUAUGCAACUGUUUGAUUCGACAGAACAGAAGUUAUGAGAAGAACAUGCCAAAAUUCAAGGUCUCAGUGCGAGCUCAAAAAGACAAACGAAAAGGAUGAGGCCAUGACAUCCAGUUACAUGAACCUAAAAGCAUGUACUUUGAUCGUUAUGUGGUUCCUUUGAUUGGUGCAAUUUGUGCCCUGCAAGGGAUUGGCCUAGUUUAGCUACUGAGUUGAUCCAUGGAUGAAAUGGAUGGACAGGAAUCCCAAGAAUGGAACUUUAUUCAUGCAGUCAAACAUGGAAGGUUGCAUCAGUUCUGAUCUCAUUGUGAGUAAUGUCAGAGCAAAAUGCAUGUUUUGUUGUUUCUGGAAUUUUGAAUUGUUUGUAAAUAUUCUUCUAUAGUUAAGCUACCCUAUUCAGUUCUGCAUAAUCAGUUGGGAAUGCUUUUCUUGAACACUAA